CCCUUUGCAAACAAAAUUCCAACGCUCUAGUAACUUUACUUGUAAUAUCGAUACAUUUAUUCAUUUAUUGAUUAGACUGGUAUUCAUUUUUCCUUUCUUCCACCCCUCUACAUAUAAAUAAAUCUCAUUUACACAAUUACCUAACAUUUACCUUUCGUUCAAUUUCCAUUCAAUUCCAGUCUGUGAAAGGACGUCAUUGGCUAUUUUUAUUUCUCUCCUCCUACUAUUCUCUGCCCUUCUUUCCAUUAGGUAUUUGUCUUUAUCCAGUCUUCUUACUCUUCAUUUUCUACAAUCUACUUAUCCGUAUAAUCUAAUGAUUAAAGUCUAAUGUUACGGGAUAUAGGAACAUGGCGAAUUCGUUAUUGCUUUUCGACGAACUGGAAUGCGGAUUAUGCUUUGAUAGACUUUUCGAAAAUGAUCCUAGAAGUUUACCUUGUAAUCAUAAAUUCUGCUUUGUUUGCCUUAUUGGAUUGAAAAGUGAUAAAGAUGAUCGUUCGAAUACGUUCACUUGUCCCCGAUGUAAUAAACAACACGUUUGGCCUCUCAACGGUCCGAAUGGCUUUCCAACUUGCUUGAAUUCCGAUACUUCAGAUUCCGCUUCCAAAAGAUCCGUUUCAAAUGCGUCCUCUAGAGCUCAAUCACAAACCACACUGAGAAGGUCUGAAGACAGAGUGAAUCAUUGGCUAACACUCAAUCUACCUUCGAGCAGACGCGAUAAAGAAUCGCUGGAUACCACUUCGACCGUCUACCUAAAUUCCAACAAAGAAUCGUCCACCGUACUCAGUCCGCGUGCAAUCAGCAUACACGGAGUCCUCUGUGGAAAGUUAAUAGAUGGAAUGCUAAAUCAUAAUAUUAACGAAUGCAAGAAAGACGACAGUCGACAAUUACCCAAAAUAUCUUUGACAAACAAACAAGUGAAUUUCCUUAAUCAUUGCAACGUCGCCUACGAAAACGUCAGAAAGGAAAUAAGAAGAAAUAAAGAAAGAUUAACGGACGAUAUAAGUAAAAAAUUACAUAUGUGUAUAACAGAAGUCGAAAGUCUAGUUACAAAAUUGUGGGAUGGCACUAUUAAUAGAAGACAAGCGAGGCAAAAGUUGAGUCUGCUGGAGAGGAAACAUUUCGUGCUAAUUCCUCUCCGAAACGUCGAAAUAGCUAGAUUUAAAAGAAACGAUUCGGAAAAUUCAAUAUUCGACAGUUUUAUUAUGGCAAAGGAAAGGAAUGAAAACAGCUUUGAAGAAAAUGUCAAACUUUAUAAGGCGAUUGUUAAGGGAAACUUUGAAAAGUUUCUUUCUGAAAUUGAACAAAACUUUAAAGAUCUCAUUAAACAAUUGGAAUUGAAUAAGAGGAAAUUGGAUAAUGAAAUCAUUCAAAAGAUAAUGAAUGGAGGUCAGAAUAAUUUUGAAUAUCAAUUCGUACCGAUAUUAGAUUUACAAAUUGGGCGUUUUAAAAGAGUGACAAUACUUGAAAGUCGUAGAAAUUUUAUGCAAAGUUUGAGCGAAACAAUGUCAAGAUGUUGACAACUCGUUCAUCUUUUUCUCUUCUAUCCUUUUAUAUCAACUUUGUAUCAUAAUCUAGUCAGAUAUUUUUUUAUAAUUAAUCUUUAAUAAAUAUAAAUAAAUACUGUUGUUUACUACUGUUUGUAGUAUGCGUUGACAAG